UUCCCCAAAGAGGGGAGGGGGCGGCAGAGGAGGCUAAAGGGAGGCCCGGGGCAGGCUUUGGGAUACAUUUUGGGGGAGGGGGUCCAAAGGGUGGCUUGUGUGAUCCUCCCAGCUUCACUGCGUUGGAGGCUAUAAUCUUCCAAAAUAUUAUUGAGGCAUAAGAAGAUUUGGCCCUAGUUUGACCAACUCUUCUUGUUCACCAUGGGGGAGCUCUUCCGGAGUGAAGAAAUGACCCUCGCACAACUUUUUCUUCAGUCUGAAGCAGCGUACUGCUGUGUCAGUGAACUGGGAGAACUUGGAAAGGUCCAGUUUCGAGAUCUAAACCCAGAUGUGAAUGUGUUCCAACGUAAAUUUGUUAACGAAGUUCGGAGGUGUGAAGAGAUGGACAGGAAACUCCGAUUUGUGGAAAAGGAGAUUAAAAAGGCCAAUAUUCCUAUCACAGACACUGGCGAGAAUCCAGAGGUGCCAUUUCCUCGUGACAUGAUUGAUUUGGAGGCAAACUUUGAGAAGAUUGAAAAUGAGCUCAAAGAGAUCAACACAAACCAGGAAGCAUUGAAACGAAACUUCCUAGAGCUGACGGAAUUAAAAUUCAUACUGCGCAAAACACAACAAUUUUUUGAUGAGGCUGAAUUGCAUCAUCAGCAGAUGGCGGAUCCCGAUUUGUUGGAGGAGUCCUCAUCUCUGCUGGAUCCAAGUGAAGUGGGAAGAGGAACCCCACUGCGACUGGGAUUUGUGGCUGGUGUCAUUAGCCGUGAGCGGAUCCCCACUUUCGAACGAAUGCUAUGGAGAGUAUGCCGUGGAAACGUCUUCUUGCGUCAAGCUGAAAUUGAGAAUCCACUGGAAGACCCUGUAACGGGUGACUAUGUGCACAAGUCUGUGUUCAUUAUUUUCUUCCAAGGUGACCAACUGAAAAACAGAGUCAAGAAGAUCUGUGAAGGAUUCCGGGCUUCUCUCUAUCCCUGCCCAGAAACACCCCAGGAAAGGAAGGAAAUGGCUGCUGGAGUCAACACCAGGAUUGAUGACCUUCAGAUGGUGCUGAACCAAACAGAGGAUCAUAGGCAGAGGGUCCUGCAAGCUGCCGCAAAGAAUGUUCGUGUCUGGUUCAUAAAAGUGCGCAAGAUGAAGGCAAUCUACCACACCCUGAACCUCUGCAAUAUUGACGUGACCCAGAAAUGCCUCAUUGCUGAAGUCUGGUGCCCUGUUGCUGACCUUGACUCUAUUCAGUUUGCCCUCAGGCGUGGCACAGAACACAGUGGAUCCACCGUUCCCUCCAUCCUAAACAGGAUGCAAACUAACCAGACACCCCCUACAUACAACAAGACCAACAAGUUCACUGCUGGGUUUCAAAAUAUAGUAGAUGCCUAUGGUAUUGGAACCUACCGUGAGAUCAAUCCAGCACCAUAUACGAUAAUUACCUUCCCCUUCCUAUUUGCUGUGAUGUUUGGGGAUGUGGGCCAUGGAAUUCUUAUGACGCUUUUUGCUGUGUGGAUGGUCAUCAGAGAGAGUCGAAUUUUGUCACAGAAGAGUGACAAUGAGAUGUUCAGCACCAUUUUCAGUGGCCGGUACAUCAUUCUCCUGAUGGGCAGUUUUUCCAUUUACACUGGCCUGAUUUAUAAUGACUGCUUCUCAAAGUCACUCAACAUGUUUGGCUCAUCAUGGAGUGUUCGGCCAAUGUUCACCAAAGAAAACUGGACGGAAGAUCUUCUUCGGGAAUAUCCUGUGCUUCAACUUGAUCCUGCCUCUGAAGGGGUCUUUGGUGGACCAUACCCUUUUGGCAUAGAUCCGAUAUGGAAUAUUGCCUCCAAUAAGCUGACCUUCCUCAACUCCUUUAAGAUGAAGAUGUCAGUCAUUCUGGGCAUCAUCCAUAUGAUGUUUGGAGUCACACUCAGUCUUCUCAACCACAUCUAUUUUAAGAAACCUCUGAAUAUCUACCUUGGGUUUAUUCCUGAAAUCAUCUUCAUGUCAUCACUCUUUGGCUAUCUGGUUAUUCUGAUCUUCUAUAAAUGGACAGCUUAUGAUGCUGCAAUCUCAAGGGAUGCACCAAGCCUUCUCAUCCACUUCAUCAACAUGUGUCUGUUCACCUAUUACCCCAACGACAAAAUGCUUUAUAGUGGACAGAAAGGUCUCCAGUGCUUCUUGGUAGUGGUAGCAUUGUUGUGUGUGCCAUGGAUGCUGGUUGCAAAACCCCUGGUCCUUCGGCAACAGUACCUACGAAGAAAGCACUUGGAAGGGCAGCCUGAGGAGCCCCCUGUCAGCCCAGCUCAGAGCCCGCAGGCAGUAGAAGCAGCAGCGGCUGCAACAGGAACACUCAAUUUUGGUGGAAUCCGAGUGGGCAAUGGGCCAACUGAAGAAGAUGCUGAGAUUAUCCAGCAUGACCAGCUUUCAACCCAUUCAGAUGAGGGGGAAGAGCCUGCCAUGGAGGAAGUGUUUGACUUUGGGGAUACAGUUGUCCACCAGGCUAUCCAUACCAUUGAAUACUGCUUGGGAUGUAUCUCCAACACAGCCUCAUACCUGCGCCUCUGGGCACUCAGUCUGGCUCAUGCACAGCUCUCAGAGGUCCUCUGGACCAUGGUGAUCCACGUGGGGCUCAGUGUGAACAGCUUGGCAGGUGGAUUUGGGUUGUUCUUUGUAUUUGCCGCUUUUGCCACCCUGACAGUUGCCAUCUUACUCGUCAUGGAGGGCCUCUCUGCUUUCCUGCAUGCCCUCCGCUUGCACUGGGUGGAAUUCCAGAACAAGUUCUACACAGGCACUGGAUUCAAGUUUCUCCCAUUCUCAUUUGAUAGCAUUUGUGAUGGUCGGUUUGAUGAAUAAUCCCCUUGAGACUUACGUGUUGGACAUGUGGCAGUAAAUCUUGACUCUCUUCUGCAUGUGUGUGUUUGCCUGUGUGAUAGUCAAAUUCUGUAACUCUCGUGAUUUUGCCACAAGUUGCUGCUGUGACAAUAAUUUGCUUUUCUUCAAGUACCUUGAUGAUGGAAAAAAAGAAAUUAUGAGGAGCUCAUUGGAAUGGUAUUUCAGUCUUGGUAAGUUCUGGGAUGGGACAGUGGCCCUCAGGUUGCACAGACAAAGAUAUCCUGAGAAAAAGAUUGUGGCCUACUGUCAAAGAACACAUCAUGGUAAUCUCCGGUCAUCCCAAUCAUUGUAGGCAUGCUUAACAGCUCAGUGUAAUAACAGAACACAAUCUAAAUUUUUAGUCCUUUUUUCCUUUGAAUAUCUUUGGAAUAAGUAUUUGGGCUCAUAUACAUUUUAUGAAAACCUGGUUAAAUGGACCUCUGUCUACCCUUUUCCUACACACUUGUCUGUUCUUUCCUCUAAAACCAUAUUCUGAAUUUCUUCUACAUGCCUUAAUUCUGUUUGGAAUCCUAAGGAUCAGCCUUUGCUCAUUCAGACAUGUUGCCCACAUUCUUCCCCUUACACUCCCCAUGGCACCUCUUUUGCUCCUUCCUCAAUGUAAUCACUAUAGUAAAAUGUGCUUUUUAGAUUUUUGCAAAGGCAACAUCAAAAGAGGCUCCUCACUGACAUCCACUACAUGUCCCAGUCUUUCACCUCUAAUCAGAGCAUUAACUGCUACUCCCUUUCACACUUGCUCUCAUCUUGCAAAUUAAAUUGUGUCCCCUCUCCCCUUUCUCUGCUUCAAGCAAUGUAUGUGGGUGGGAAUCUUUAGGAAACUUGGACUGAAAGCUAGUAAUUCAUUGGGAGUGGUGACCCCAAAUAGCAUUGCAGCUUGGCAGUGUUGGAAUUUGUACUUCCAUGGAUGAGAGCAAGCCACAAAGUGAGGGGAAAGAGAGUUUGCUUGCUUGAUGUGUUGUGUAGCCAUAGCCCACCUGUGCUUGGCUCAAUUGCAUUUGCUAAUAAGAAAACAUUGAUUAACACUCCCUGUAAGUCUGAACAGCUUGUUUUGUUCCAAGGAAACUGGGUCUUUUGCCUCCAGAAAACUCCCACGUAAUGCUGCCUUCCAUUACUUGACACAGGAAAAAGCUGCCCUUACCACGCCCCAGCUACCAUUGAUGAUUUGCAAAUAAAAGCUGUUGCAUAGCAGCACUUGUGUAUUUAGGAAGGGCUUCCCUUAGAAAAUAGAAAUCUACUGAGGGCAAUACCUGCCUUCUCUUUGUGCAGAAAGUGGUAUAGUAAAAAGCCUGGGCUUCAUAUGUCUUUGUAAGAUAAGUAUUUGUGUGAUCCGUGGUUGUGUGUUUGUAUUGUGUAACACAAAUGUGCACUUUUAUGCAAGUGUCUCAAUAGGAGAUCUUGAAGCACCUCUAUUGAGCACUUAAGACAAGAGUCCAGAUCCAGUAUGUUAACUUCACAGGAAGGUGCUAGUACAUUUAUUGCUCUUGAGAAGACAUUGAAGUUACAGAUCUGCUUGUGUGAGUAUGAUAUAGAGGAGCCUGUCAUUAUGUUUACCUGUGUUGUUUGGACAACUGUAGCAUGCAAUGAAGUUUUGCCUGGCUGUUCUCGUCAGCCAAUCAGUGUAUCUAUUAAACAAGUUAAUGUAU